UAUGAAUGAGUGCCGCUGCUUGCCCUGCAACUCCAUCACUCCGCAUAUAGUGAUUUUGGAGCAUUAUCCCAACGUUGAACACGCUCGCCUCUCUUGGCAGCAGAGAUUUCAUAGUAUAAGAUGUCCGUAGCUAUAUGAAAGACGAGGAAUCGCGGCCGUUGGUUGAUCAUCAACGUCUCGAGUCCUAGUGCUGUGGUCUCCAUAUCAUAUUCAUACCCGCCCAAGGUCGCCAAGAUCUGGAAGUAUCAAUACAAGCACCGUGGAGCAACUAGUAGUGACUAAUACCACUAUGACCUACGCAGGUAUCGGUGCGGGGCUCUUGGCUGUCUCGACCUUAUUCCUUCCCGGUGUCUGCUUCGCAGCUACCGACAAAGUUUCCAACUUAGGAACGAUCUGGUCCACUGCAACAUCACGCACCGGUAUUCCACCUUGUGAUGCUCUCAUCGCCGCAGGGCUGACAGACCGCCUGGUUCUCGCAACAGAAGCAGGCUAUGAGGCACGUAUCUCGACAUACUGGUCUGUCAGUGCUCGUCUGCGGCCAUGGUGUCUCGUUCAGCCACGGGACACCAGCGAGGUAUCAAAGACUCUGACUACAUUGUUAGAGGCUGGAUCGGGUGCCGGUGACUGGCACAUUGCUAUUCGUGGAGGAGGUCAUAACCAUUGGACAGGCACUAAUAAUAUCGCCAAUGGAGUAACAAUCGACCUUGUCUACCUCAACCAGACCUCGUACGACCCGGAGACCAACCUUGCCUGCGUUGGCCCCGGAGACCACUGGAAGGAUGUGUAUGCCAAACUUCUCAAGAGCAAUAUCACCGUGACCGGUGGCCGCGAUGGAGGCGUAGGUGUCGGUGGCUUUCUUCUGGGAGGCGGUAACUCGUACUAUACCGGUCGCAUGGGCUUUGGGGCAGACUCUGUGAGAAACUACGAGGUCGUCCUUGCCGAUGGCAGCGUCGUCAAUGCCAACAAAGAAACCAACCCUGACCUCUUCAAAGCCCUCAAGGGUGGCAGCAGCAACUUUGGGAUCGUGACGCGUUUCGACCUCGAGGCGUUGCCGGCGAAAGACGUCUACACGGGCAUCCAUAUGAUGACCAAGGAUAACUCUGAUGCCGUCGUCAGUGCCGUUGUCGAUUUUACCAACCACGACCAGAGCUUGGCCGACGACGCAAUGGUCACUGUCUAUACCCAUAACACUGCUUUGGGCGACGAUAUACUCAUUGCCGCUUCUCGCGUCAACACGCAGGGCAACUCGAAUACGACGUCUUUCGCAAAGAUUAGCCAGAUUCCUGCCAUCAGUAGUGAGAUGACUCAUCGGAGCAUGGCUGAUCUGGCGCUGAACUCCCAGAUUCCUGCCGGCUCUAGGUCUGUGUGGUUUACGUUGACAUUCAAAAAUGACGAAGCAAUCUUGAAAAAGGCUGUUGAGGCCCACCAGGAGUUCGUCGACGCGAUGAAGCUUGCCGUCGGGGCGGAUGAGUUCACUACCCAGAUGGUCUUCCAACCUCUACCCACCUACUUCGCAGCCAUUGGGACCGAGAACGGCGGCAAUGUCCUCGGCCUUGACGCAGAGAAGGAUAAUGCGAUACUCUGGCUUGGUCUCGUUACUAUCAAUACCGAAGCCCAGGAAGCUGUUGCUCGGGCAUACAUGGCCUCUGCCUCAGCCCAAAUCGAAGACUUUGCUAUUUCUGUCGAUGGAAACAUCCCCUGGCGCUACCUGAACUACGCUGACCCAAGCCAAGAUCCGAUCAAGACAUAUGGCUCUGCCAACGUGGACUUUAUCCGCGAGAUCGCGGCCAAAUAUGACCCGGAAGGAGUGUUCCAGAAGCGGAUCCCUGGUGGCUUUAAGGUCUCACGCGUGGAUUGAGUUGGACGGUCCAUGUUCACCUAGCUCUGCUGGAAGUUCUCAUCGUGUCAAAAAUGUGGUCACGGUGGAAAUUUGCUACAUCAGAAUCGUCGAUAGUUAGCUGUCAGUGCUAGGUAAUACGGAG